AUGUCUGAAGCUGAUCCACCACCAUUGGGAGCAAAUCCUACAGUUGCUCAGAUGAAAGCAUAUGAGGAAGAAAAACUCAAGAAAAACAAAGCCAUCACCUGCCUACAUUCAGGACUUGCAAACCACAUCUUCACCAAAAUCAUGAACUUGGAAACACCUAAACUGCUUCUUGGUGAGGCAUUUAUAGAUCAAAAGGUGGUAGAAAAGAUCAUACUUGGCCACAGUGAGAAGUAUUGCAGAGCCAAGAAAAAACAAUCUCAACAACAACCAGAACAAAAUGCAAGUGUGACUGAAGAAGACAAAAAUGAUGAUGAGCAUUUAUUUAUGGCAUCACAAGCACUCAGUUCUCAUGAACUGAAUACUUGGCUCAUUGACAGUGGCUGCACGAGUCACAUGACCAAAUAUCUGUCAAUAUUUACCUCCAUUGAUAGAUCAGUUCAACCAAAGGUCAAGUUGGGAAAUGGUGAAGUUGUGCAGGCCAAAGGAAAAGGGACAAUUGCUAUCAGCACCAAGAGAGGUUACAGAAUUUAUAGCUUGAGUAGAAUAAAAAUCGUGAUAAGUAGAGAUGUGCACUUUGAUGAAAACUCCUACUGGAAUUGGGACUUGAAGAAAGUUCAUAAAUGUGAUCAAACCACUCCAUCUAUUCUUGAACCAGCAAUAGAAAGUACAAUCAUUGAAGGUCCACUUGAUGUUGAAGCAACUUCAGACACACUCGUGCUUAAGAUGAGGCCAUUAUCUGAUGUGUAUGAGAGGUGCAAUCUUGUACAUGCUGAGCCUACAUGUUACACGGAAGCUGCAAGAUUUCUAGAAUGGAUUGAGGCCAUGAAAGCUGAAAUUGAUGCUAUUGAAAGAAAUGGAACCUGGAAGUUGACAGAACUACCUGAAGCUAAGAAUGCAAUUGGUGUAAAAUGGGUUUUCAGAACCAAAUUUAAUUCAGAUGGUUCAAUCUUCAGGCAUAAGGCUAGAUUGGUUGUGAAGGGUUUUGCUCAAGUUGCUGGAGUGGACUAUGGUGAUACAUUUGCACCAAUAGCCAAACAUGACACUAUAAGGCUACUACUUGCACUUGCUCAUCAAAUGAGAUGGAAAGUGUACCAUUUAGAUGUCAAAUCAGCUUUUCUAAAUGGUAUACUUCUUGAAGAAAUUUAUGUUCAACAACCAGAAGGCUUUGAGGUUAUUGGCCAUGAACAUAAAGUGUACAAGCUACAUAAGGCUCUUUAUGGUUUGAAGCAAGCACCAAGGGCCUGGUAUAGCAGAAUUGAUUCUCAUAUGAUCCAACUUGGAUUUAGGAGGAGUGAAAAUGAAGCUACUUUGUAUUUGAAACAAAAUGAUGAUGGUUUGCAACUGGUAGUAUCACUUUAUGUUGAUGACAUGCUAGUGACUAGAAGCAAUGUAAAAUUGCUAGCUGAUUUCAAAAUGGAAAUGCAUGAUGUAUUUGAGAUGUCUAACCUUGGCAUCAUGAACUACUUCCUUGGAAUGGAAAUAUACCAAUGCAGUUGGGGUAUCUUCAUUUCACAAAGAAAAUAUGCUAUGGAUAUUCUCAAGAAAUUCAAGCUAGAAUCAUGCAAAGAAGUAGCAACUCCGCUGGCACAAAAUGAGAAAAUUUCAAAGAAUGAUGGUGAGAAACUUGAGGAACCCUCUGCAUAUAGAAGCUUGGUGGGCAGCCUACUAUACUUGGCAGUAACCAGACCUGACUUGAUGUUUCCAGCUAGUUUGCUUUCAAGGUUCUUGAGUUCACCUAGAAAUGUUCACAUGGGAGUUGCAAAGAGGGUGCUAAAGUAUGUUAAAGGUACAACAAAUCUUGGCAUUUGGUAUUUAAAGAUAGGAGGAGUUAAGCUAGAUGGUUAUGCUGAUAGUGAUUGGGCAGGAAGUGUUGAUGAUAUGAAGAGCACUUCAGGUUAUGUAUUUACAAUCGGUUCAGGUGUCAUAUGCUGGAAUUCAAGAAAGCAAGAAGUAGUGGCACAAUCAACUACAGAAGCUGAGUAUAUCUCCUUAGCAACUGCUGCAAAUCAAGCAAUAUGGUUGAGAAAAUUGCUUCUGAUUUAGGCCAGGAACAAAGCUCACCAACUGAGCUUUACUAUAAUUUUGUUUUUAUUGUUUUUUAGCCCUAUUUCCUUCAAAUCUCAACUCAGAUCUUUCAUUGGUUUAGUUAAUUACUACUGGCAAUUCAUCAAAGGUUAUUCAGCAAGAGCCACUCCACUCACUGAUCUUCUUAAGAAGAAUAAGACAUGGGAAUGGGAUGAAAGGUGCCAACAAGCCUUUGAGGAUCUGAAGAAGAUUGUGACUGAGGAGCCGGUGUUGGCACUACCCGACCAUACCAAGGGUUUUGAGGUACACACAGAUGCCUCGGACUUCGUUAUAGGGGGAGUCCUUAUGCAAGAUAGGCAUCCGAUUGUCUUCGAGAGUCGUAAGCUAAAUGACAUAGAGAGGCGUUACAUAGUGCAAGAGAAGGAAAUGACCGCCAUCAUCCAUUGCUUGCGCACCUGGAGACACUAUCUUCUAGGGUCUCACUUCAUAGUGAAGACCGAUAACGUUGCCACUAGCUAUUUUCAAACACAGAAGAAGCUAAGUCCCAAGCAAGCUAGGUGGCAAGACUUCCUAGCCGAGUUCAACUAUACGCUGGAGUAUAAGCUAGGAAGUGCUAAUCAUGUGGCUGACGCCCUAAGCCGUAAAACGGAGCUAGCAUCCAUGACGAGCCAGCCCCAAGGAGACAUAAUGGAUCUUUUAAGGGAAGGAUUGCAACAUGAUCCAGUGGCUAAGAGCCUUAUCGCCUUGGCCUAUGAAGGGAAGACUAAGCAACUUUGGGUGGAGGACGACCUACUCUAUACUAAGGGGAGACGACUCUACGUGCCUAAGUGGGGGAACAUAAGACGCAAUAUGAUUAAGGAGUGCCAUGACACCAAGUGGGCUGGGCACCCUGGGCAACGACGCAUGAGGGCACUACUUGAGUCAGCUUACUAUUGGCCUCAAAUACGGGAUGAGGUUGAGGUAUAUGUGAGGACUUGUCUUGUGUGCCAACAAAACAAGGUGGAGCAACGACAACCUAGAGGCCUGUUGGAACCACUACCUAUAGCAAAGCGUCCAUGGGACAACGUCACCAUGGACUUCAUUAUCAAGCUACCCAAGUCGGAGAACAAUGGCUCUAUCAUACUAGUAGUAGAUAGGUUCUCUAAGUAUGCAACUUUCAUAGCAGCCCCGAUUGACUACACUACGGAAGAGACGACAAGGCUAUUCUUAAAGCAUGUAGUCAAGUAUUGGGAGUUGCCUAAAUUUAUCAUCAGUGAUUGUGAUCCACGAUUCACUGGGAAGUUUUGGAUGAAGCUCUUCAAGCUUAUGGGUUCGAAGAGUGAGGUAACCAAUAAGAGCUCGUUCGAGCUAGCCAUAGGGCAGCAACCGUUAACUCCUCACACUCUAACGAUAGGCUAUACGGGGAGAAGUCCAGUGGCUUUCAAGUUCGCAAAGGGGUGGCACGAGCAAGCUAACAUAACACGCUCAUACUUGGACAAGGUUGCUAAGAAAAUGAAGAAGUGGGCAGACAAGAAGCGACGUCACAUGGAGUACAAGGUUGGAGACAUGGUGCUUGUCAAGCUCCUUUCUCAACAAUUCAAAUCCCUAAGGCCGGUGCAUAAGGGCCUUGUGAGGAGGUAUGAAAGACCAUUCCCCAUACUUGGGAAGGUCGGCAAGGUAUCCUAUAAAGUUGAGCUACCACCGAGGUUGAAGAUUCAUCCCGUCUUUCACGUAAGUUACUUGAAACCCUAUCACAAAAACAAGGAUGAUCCAAGUAGAGGGUUGUCUAAGAGGGCACCUACAGCGGUCGUGACCUCCUAUGACAAGGAGGUGGAACACAUCAUUGCAAACCGGGUCAUUAGAAGACAAGGUGUGCCUCCUGCUACGGAGUACUUAGUGAAAUGGAAAGGACUACCAAAGAACGAGGCUAGUUAG